UGUGCCACGCGAUGUACCCACUUUUAGUUAGUCUCCUGCUGCUGAUCUUUUGCCUCAGCCACAGGGCAAGUUGCCUGCAGUUGAGGAACUGCAACAAGACAGAGGUGACCUUGAUAAGGGAUACGGAGCUUUUGACUUCACUCACCUUGAGCAACUGCAGCCUGCCGCAUCUGGAGAAUGCCUUCUUUGUACGUUUCGAUCAUCUGCUCCAUUUGGAACUGCAAUACAGUGGACUAAGUGAUUUGGAUGACUUUUCGCUGAAUGGCUUGACCAAACUGCAAUAUCUCUCCCUCUGCCACAAUAACCUCAGCACUCUGAGACCCUGGUCCAGUGAGCCUUUGAGAGCAUUAACCAAUUUGGAUUUGAGUCACAACAGAUUGACCAAGUUGAGGGCCAGAAAUUUCGAACUCUAUCCACAGCUGCAACAACUUGACUUGCGUAACAACCAAAUCAGUCAAAUCGAGGAGGACUCCUUUUAUGGAUUAUCCCAUUUGAAGCAUCUCCAUCUGAAUGGAAAUCAACUGGAGCACAUAGAUGGCACCGUCUUUCACGGUCUCCAUCGCCUCUCCAGUCUUGCACUUCAGCAUAAUCUUAUAGAAGGCAUUGACAUGGAUUCCUUCGAGGGAAAUACUCAUCUUCGAAGCCUACGACUGGAUCAAAAUCAUCUGAGCAGUCUUCAGUUUCUCAGUCAACGAGGAUUGGCUCGACUGGUUCACUUGAAUUUGUCGAAUAAUCUUGUUGAGAAACUGGAACCAUUAGGAUUUUCCAAAAAUUUUGAACUUCAGUUCCUGGACUUGAGUUACAAUAACCUAACUAAGGUUGAUGAGGGUGCUUUGUCGGGAUUGGAAUCAUUGGAGCGCCUUAAUAUAAGUCAUAACUAUGUGAACAUAAUGGAUAGCGAAAGUCUGGCGUCGCUUGUCGCACUUAUUCAUAUAGAUGUCAGCUAUAAUGGACUGAACACUUUACCCGAGUCCUUAUUCCAUGCCAACACUCAGCUGGAGGAGAUUAUGCUUGCCAACAAUCAAAUAGGACAGUUAUCCCCACAGAUGUUCCACAACCAAAAUCAUUUGAGAUAUAUUAAAUUGGCUGAAAAUGGACUUGGCGAAGCUGAUUUUCUAGAAAAACUAUCACCUUCCCUCAAUCGCCUUUCACUUUACGUAGAUCUCAGCUCAAACCGUCUUAAGUCUGUGAACCUCAGUAAGCUUCUUCAUUUUCGUUACAUCAAUUUGGCGAAUAAUAACUGGGACUGUGGCUGGUUGGUUGCAAAUUUGGCCCGGAAGCUACCAAGUUCUGUUAAUUUCGCUCGUCCCUGGAGUGUAAUUAAUAAUUGGAGUGAAAAUAUUACAAAUAUCGAAGGUGUAGACUGCUCUGAGGAUGGGAGUAAUCGAUCCAUUAUCUUGCUGGAUGUGAGUUCAAUUCCAAAGCAAAAGACAGACAAUUGCGAGUGUGGGUUAAUCUAUGAUGAUAGGAAUCCAUCGCCGCCUCCUCUCACUUGGCCUAAGAUUCCCACAGAUCGUUUUGAUUCAAGAUCAGUGAUUAUCUGGAUGUUAAUAGCCAUUGCAAUAUCCUUUGCAGGACUCCGUUGGCUGAGACGAUUCGUCGAUCGCAAUGAGAAACGUAAACUGGAGAGAAAGGAGCCGAACAAUGUGCACGUCAGCAAAGUUCAGUGGCAGCCCGUCAGGAACGAUCAAGAGAGAACGUAGCCUAUUUUAUAAAUAAAAUGUGCAUCGCUUUCAAAAAACAAAUAUAUUCAGUUCAAAGUGUCUUAAAUUCUAA